AUGGAUCAAUUGAAAAUUAUGCAAACAGUACCCGCAUUUACUGCGUAUCCUGAUGAAACGAGAAAAAAAUUUACACAGUACAAUCAUUUACCUUCUAACCCUUUGCCUACAGAACAAGCAAGUUCGUCUAGUACCACUUUACCUGCAUUUGAAUAUAUUUCAUCUGGCGAUGAAUUAGAUAUUCCAACAUCUCAAAAUACCAAGGGAAAAAAUAAACGACCACUAAAUGAAGAUGAUGAUAUUGAUAAUAAAUUAUGGGCUGAUUCGACUAUUAAAUUGUUACUUGCUUAUUUGUCUGAGAAUUUUUCUAAUUAUCGUAAAAAUAAAGAAAAAUUCUAUGCAAGUGCUGCUUUGCAUAUCGGUGGCAAGUCAAGUGCACAGGUCCGUGGAAAACUGCAAAAAUUAGUUAAAAAAUAUUCUGAAGAAAGUAAAGAAAAAACAGGCAAAGAAGCUUCAAAAUGGCCCUAUUACUUUUUAAUGAAUGAGAUUUUUGGUAAUCGCGAAAAUCAUUACGGCGCUAACAUUAAUGACGAGGAGAUGGUUCAACGGAAAAAAAAAAAAAAAUUGAAUGAAGAUGAUUUAUCAUAUAUCAAGUCCGUAGAAACUAUUAGCGAAAGUAAGAAAAUAUCAGCUGAGAGCAGAAAGAAGUGGAUUGAUGAACAUUCUACAAUUGAGCGUGAAAAAUUUAAUUUUGAAAAAAAAUUUAGAGAAUUAGAAUAUGAACUGAAAAAAAAGGAAGUUGAAGCUCGAAUUAAGGUUGAAAAUGAAAAAUUAGAUUUAGAAAGACAAAUGAAAAUUGAUUUUGAAUUAAAAUUAAAGGAAUUAGAAAUGAGACUAAAUGAAUUAGAAAUGAAACAUAAGUAUACCUGGUGGAUCUUAUGGAAGCUAAUUCUAAGUCAAGUAAAUUUCUUUCGUGAACUUGCUGGACUUCCGAAGCUUCCUAAAUCUCCACCACCAAAAACUCAUAAAAAACGUCAAUCCUCACAAUAUUCCAUACCGAGUUCGCCUAUAAGACAACAUAGUCGACACUCUUCUUCGUCUUCAAAGAGACUUA